CCCAUACCGACUUUUUACCAUGGCCCCCAGGCAGAAGAAGCCAUGCUACGUCCUCGGCGUGGGCAUGACCAAGUUCAUCAAACCCAGAGGCAAAGUGGACUAUACCGAGCUUGGUUUUGAGGCUGGUGUCAAGGCAAUGCUCGAUGCGCAGAUCUCCUAUGACGAUGUUGAGCAGGGUAUCGCCUGUUACUGCUACGGCGACUCGACAUGUGGUCAGCGCGUCUUCUACCAGUUCGGCAUGACCCAGAUCCCCAUCUACAACGUCAACAACAACUGUUCGACUGGCUCUACAGGUCUGGCCAUGGGCCGUAAUUUCAUCUCGAGUGGUGCGGCCGAUUGUGUGUUGGUAGUGGGCUUCGAGAAGAUGCAGGCUGGUAGCUUGCAGAGCCAUUUCAACGACAGAGAGAACCCUCUCGGAACGACAUAUAAGAUGAUGGCCACCACCAGGGGAGUUACCAAGGCACCUGGUGCCGCUCAGAUGUUUGGUAAUGCCGGCCGAGAGUAUAUGGAGAAGUAUGGCGCCAAGCCCGAGGACUUUGCCGAGAUCGCUCGUAUCAAUCACGCCCACUCCGUCAACAACCCAUACUCGCAGUUCCAGGACGUAUACACCCUUGACCAGAUUAUGCAGUCACCCAAGGUCCACGAGCCAUUGACGAAGCUUCAGUGCUGUCCAACUUCCGAUGGCGGCGCGGCAGCAGUGUUGGUUUCCCAGGAGUUCCUGGACGCCCGCCCUCACCUCAAGGACCAAGCCAUCCUCAUUGCCGGUCAAUGCCUGGCCACUGAUGCGCCCAGCCUGUUCUCAAAGAGCGCCAUUGACUUGAUGGGCUGGGACAUGACCCAGCACGCUGCGCGUGUUGCCAUGAAGGAGGCCGGUGUCAAGCCCAGUGACUUUGCUGUGUGCGAACUUCACGACUGCUUCAGUGCCAACGAGAUGAUCUUGAUUGACGCUCUGGGUUUCUCCGAGCCCGGCAAGGCGCACGAGUUUGUGCGCGCCGGUGAUAUCACAUAUGGUGGCAAGGUCGUCGUCAACCCCAGUGGCGGUCUCAUCUCCAAAGGCCACCCUCUAGGCGCCACUGGUAUCGCUCAGUGCGCCGAGUUGGUAUGGCACCUCCGAGGAUGGGCCAACAACCGCAAUGUGUCUCACACCAAAUACGCGCUCCAGCACAACCUUGGACUUGGUGGUGCUGCUGUCGUCACCGUCUACAAGCGCGCCGACGGCAAGGAGGCGCCGGUUAUCGACUCGGCGACGGUUGGAAAGCUCAACAAGCUGGGCUAUAACCCGGCGGUCGAGGCCAAGGGCUUUACGGCGGAGCAGGUCAAGGCUGUUCGCAGCAGGGAGAAGGUGAACGAGUGGGCGUUGCAAGAUACCAUGACCAAGGUCGAGGCUCGCUUCUGAGUUGCGGGUCUGUUUCCAGCAUAUAAUUAUUAUUACACGUAUUUGUUAAGUACAAUCUUGUGGUCAGACCAGACCAUGCAAAGCACCGAGGACAUACAGUUCUUACUGACUUGAUGACUUGAGAUUUUGGUUUCGUUGAAAUUGGGGAAGGCAAAGCAAGAACUAAAAUGGAAGAAUGAAUG